CACACACUUACACAAACAAUCGAACCCCCAAAUACUCCAACAACAAGAUAAUCAAAUCAAAACUUCCCAAAACUUUCAAGUUCCAGGAGAAAUGUCGACCGGAAUCGCUAAAUCCAACAACAUCCGCCGCAUCGUCAGCAUCCGCCAGAUGCUGCAGCGGUGGAGGAAGAAGGCUCGAGUCACCGCCUCCUCUCGGCGCGCCAGCGAUGCUCCGACGGAUGUUCCGGCCGGGCACGUGGCGAUCUGUGUAGGAAGCAGUUGUAGAAGGUUCGUGGUUCGGGCUACUUUCUUGAACCAUCCAAUCUUCCAGAAGCUUCUUUUGCAAGCGGAAGAGGAGUACGGGUUUAGGAACCAAGGUCCUCUUGCGAUUCCUUGUGAGGAGUCGGUUUUCGAGGAGGUUCUUCGGAGCGUUUCCCGGUCUGAAUCGGGUCGGUUCAUGAAUCUUCAGGAUAUUCGUCGCCGCUGCCACGUCGACUCUCCAAGUGGUCUCCUCCGUGAGUCUCGGCCGUUGCUUUUUGAUUUCGCCGAUAAAUCGGUUUACUGUUAGUAAAAAUGAAAGGAAGGACUAAUUAACUGAAGAUUGCGACUCGGGCUGGUGAAUCGGCCGAGUUCAACUCAACUCACUGGACUAACUUCUUUACUGUUAUUAAUAUUAUGAUUAUUAUUAUUAUUAUUUUUCCUUUUGAAAUUUGAUUUUUUUUUAUAAUUUUUAUGGAAAGAGAGAAUUUAUGAUUUUGUGUCAUUAUUUGAUUCAAGACAAAAAAAGGAGAUGGGUUAACUCGGUCACCCGGUGGUGUCUCACCCCGAGUCGAACCGGAUAAAAGUUCAUUAAUUACUUCAUGUACAUUGUGAUGCCUUUUUUCACCAAUUUCAUAAACGAAGCUUAAAUUUUUAUUUUGUCUA